AUGGAUACAAGUUGGAUAGAUCUACCCACUGGCCACCCUGAAUAUGUCGAUGGUUGUAUGCAAUUCAUUGCGUUUGCCAAGCAAGGUCUAUUCGAAGGAAAAAUUAGAUGUCCAUGUAAGAACUGUAAGGUGGAUAAAUGGUUCCCGGUUAAUGAUGUAGAGCGACAUAUUUUGUUUAAGGGGUUUUAUAAGUCGUAUAGAAAUUGGAUCUUUCAUGGUAAAGGGGAUAUGGUUCAACGUAUGUUAGGGAGUGAUGGAGGGAGUACUAGUGAAGGAUCCCUUGGUAAUAAAAGUGGGUUUGUAGGUCGAGAUAAUAUGGGAGGACUAUUAAGAUCAGCUUUUAGUGUUAAUGUGCCACCCAAUUUUCCAACUUUUGAAGCAAGAGAGGAUGGUGAAUGGUAUGAGGAGCCCGUGUCAUACGACACAGAUGUUCAAUAUGAUGAUUCUACAAUAGAAGAAGAUGCGACAUAUAAGAAGCUACUUCAAGCUUCUGAGGAGAAAUUAUAUGAGGGGUCUGAUUUAGAUGCAUUUCCUCAAAUACUUGAUUUUCCCUCGUCUUAUUAUUACAGUAAGAAAAUGAUAAAAGACUUGGGCCUUGGGUAUGAAAAAAUUGAUGCUUGUCCUAAUGAUUGUAUGCUGUAUUGGGGUGACUUUUUAGAGAAAGACAAGUGUCAUGUUUGUGGUAAAUCGAGGUGGAAAACAACCAAGGGUAAGAAGGGUGACGAUGUAAGUGAUCAAGGUACGAAUACUUGUAAGAAAGGUGUGCCAGCUAAGGUAAUGCGAUAUUUUCCUCUUAUCCCAAGACUAAAAAGAAUCUACAUGUCAUCAGAAACAGCAGAAAAUAUGAGAUGGCAUGAUACAGAGCGAUUGGGUGAAGAUGAUAAGAAGAUUUUGAGGCAUCCUUCCGAUGCCAUAGCGUGGAAGGCAUUUGAUGAGCGUUAUACAGAUUUUGCAUUAGACCCUCGUAGUGUUCGAUUAGGUCUUGCGAGCGAUGGGUUUAAUCCUUACCGUUUAAUGAACACUACUUAUAGUACAUGGCCAGUGGUGUUGAUUCCUUAUAAUCUUCCACCAUGGCUAUGUAUGAAACCAUCUUCUUUCAUUUUGUCCACACUUAUUCCCGGAAAAGCAAGUCCUGGAAAUGAUAUUGACGUGUAUUUGCAACCAUUAGUUCAUGAGUUGAAAUUGUUGUGGGGAGGGGUUGAAGCUUUUGAUGCUUUUGACGGAGUGAAAUUUAAUUUGCGCGCGGCUCUGCUUUGGACUAUUAAUGACUUUCCUAGCUAUGCAAUGCUCUCUGGUUUGAGCACAAAAGGUUACAAUGCAUGUCCUAUAUGCAUGGAUUCCACACCCUCUGAUAGAUUUGGGAACAAGAUUUGUUAUUGUAGCUAUAGAAAAUGGUUACCCGCAGAUCACCCAUAUCGACGUCAGGGUGUAAAGUUUUGUGAGAAGUUUGGAACUAAUGAGUUGGGUGAAGCCCCAUCUCGUCCUAGCGGCACUGAUAUAUUGAGGCAACAAGAAAAGGUCGAGUAUGUUUAUGGAAAGUCAAAGGCACCACCGAAAAAGAGACAAAGAGGACAUAAUGAUAACAAUGAUGUCCAAGAUGAAAUUGUCUUUGGUACCAAGAGAAGCAUAUUCUUUGAUUUGGUGUAUUGGGAGCAUAAUCUUCUAAGGCAUAAUUUAGACGUUAUGCACAUUGAGAAAAAUGUGUCUGAGAAUCAUUUGGGAACACUUCUUAGUAUGGAUAAGAGUAGAGAUAAUAGGGAUGAUCGAGAAGCCCUUGAAGCAUGGACAAUAAAGACUCACCUUUGGCUUAGUGCUGAUCACAAUGGAAAUGAAUACAUGCCUUCAGCUUCCUAUUCUAUGUCUAGGGAGGAAAAAGAGAGAUUCUUAAAUGUUUUGGAGAAACUUAAAGUUCCGGAUGGAUAUGGAUCCAACCUUUCUAGUUGUGUGAAUAUGAAGCAAAGGGAGUUGAUUAACCUCAAGAGUCAUGACAACCAUGUGCUAAUGCAAGAUAUACUCCCCGUCGCCUUAAGAGCUUCUAAUGCUACAAAGGUGAUUGACUUGUUGGCUAGAUUGUCUUCGUUUUUCAAGAAGUUGUGCUCCACCAGUAUUGAUCCAGAUGAUUUAGAUGGUCUUCAAGAUGGAAUUGUUUUAACUCUUUGUCAGUUGGAAAUGGAGUUUUUGCCUUCAUUUUUCACAAUCAUGGUCCAUUUGUUGAUUCACUUAGUGGAGGAGUCACAUGUAACCAAUAAAGCCCAACCUGAAGGAUCUAUCGCGGAAGGCUACCUUUUAGAGGAGACAAUUAGGUUUUGCUCGAGAUAUCUUCAAGGUGUUAAGACCAUCUUCAACAUGCCUAAAAGGAUGGAUGAUGACAUUUCAAAUUCUGAUGAUUACUUAUUUAAUUCCGGCGGUCGAGUCAUUGGAAAGGAAGUCAGCAUUCGCCUUGAUGGUCAAAGCUUAAAACAAGCCCAUCGCUACGUUUUACUUCACUCUGAUGAGAUCAAAGGGGAUCUAGAUGAAUUUUUAACCGAGAAGCGUCAAAUGAACUUAGAAACUUCCGUCGCGGAGAGUGAUGAAAGUAAAUGGAUCAUCAAUGAAUUUGGAGGGUGGCUGCGAAACAAGGUACAUUCCAUAGAUGCAACCACCGAAGAUGGGAAACUAAGAAACCUUUUGGCGGGUGGUUUGCAUUCUUAUGGCAGAAAAUUAAAAGGAUACAUAAUCAAUGGAUACAAAUUCCUUUCCACUGAUCGCGAUUGUCGUCUUUUGACACAAAAUUCUGGAGUUAUGGUUGAAGCGGAUGGAGUGGCAUACUACGGAAAAGUGAUGGAUAUCUAUGAAUUAAAUUACUAUGGAGAUUAUAAAGUUGUAUUGUUUCGUUGUGAUUGGGUAGACAUUCGUAGGGGUGUAAGAACAUAUCCAAACGGCGGAGUAUGUGUCAAUUUCUCUAAAUUGAUGCAUACUGGACGAUUGUUGCAAGAUGAUCCAUUUGUAUUCUCAUCUCAAGUAAAACAAGUCUUUUACAUAGAAGAUGAGAUACAAAAAGGAUGGUUCCAUGUUGUUAAGAAUAAGCCUAGAGAUUUGUUUGAUUUAGGUGAUUCUUUACCAGUAGCGGAAGAGGGUGGGGCCGAUUGA